CCAAACGAUCUAUCCAUCUUCUCGAAGAUAUCAUCGAAGAAAUACUGUCAAGACUUUCGGUGAAAUCGCUCUUGCGAUUCAGGUGCGUUUCCAAAUCAUGGCGUUCUUUAAUUGCCCGCGAACAAUUCAUCAAAUCCCAUCUCCAAAAUUCAACAGAAAACACGAGUUUAACCCACCACAGAGUCAUCGAUGAUCCAACGGCAAAUUACGAGGCGAUGGCAGGUUAUGUUGUGGGUUGCUGCAAUGGGGUGGUAUGCAUUCUCAAGCAAGAGGUUUUCUUCUUGUGGAACCCAGCGACGAGGAACUCCACCAAACUACCCAAACUAGACCUUCAAAUCCCUCCAAUUAGUAAAUGUGGGUUUGGUUGGGACGCGGCGAGUGGUGCAUACAAGGUGUUUGUUGUUUCGUCUGGUGGAUUUGGUCAAAUCUAUAGCUCGAACACAAAUUCAUGGAGAAGAGUAUGUAUGCACGGGCGGCGUCUUCCCAUGAAACAUAAAAACGCGCAGUUUGUAUGCGGAAAGAUUCACUGGCCCACUCAUCGUCAUACUGAAUCAUUCGACUUGAACACCGAGGUGUUUGGAGAGAUCGAGCAUCCCUUUGAUCUAGAGUUUGGGAUGCAGCUGUGGUUGGGAGAGAUCAAGGGAUGCCUUAGCUUGGUUUGUGAUGAUAGCGACGGAACAACGUUAGGUGUUUGGAUUAUGAAGGAGUAUGGAGUGAAGGAAUCUUGGUUGAAAGUGUUGAAUGCGUCUCUUGCUUGUCCGCAGCAACACAACGGCCCGUUCUCAGCCGUGUUGGAGAUAGCAUCGGAAGGAGUGGUUUUGCUGAUAUAUGGAUCGGCUUUCUUGGUUUGCAGUCGUGACGAUGUUGCUGUGCUUAUUUCGUCGCCUGACAAGGUUAGCACUUGUUGUAAGGUUACCCGCCGUUACACCACGCAUUUCUACGUUGAAAGUUUAGUCUCACCGGUUCCUGACGCGAAUCGUUGAGUUCAGUUUGGUGAGCUACUGUAUCAUUUUUUUCACGGAAUCAAAAAAAUUGGCCUAUUUUUGCAUACCGCCUAAAAAAUAGUGGCCUAAAUUUUUUUUGAACUCAUUGUGUUUUAUUCCUCUAAUAGUGUGUUUUGUUUGA